UGCCCGAGUUCCUCCGCAGGGUUGCUAAGCACGAAAGUUUCGUUUCGUUUUUCAGUCCAUGACAGCGACGGGCGGAGGACUGUGAGUGAAUUGCACUCUGUGAGUGAAAAGGGUUAAUAAAAAAAAUAAAAAACAAAAAAAGAACAGAAAGACGAUCGUUACCAAAACAGUAGAUGUCACCGUUUAUUUAAAGGUUUCAAAUAAGCAUCCCGUAGAACCCACUUAAUCUCCGUCCCUGGAAAAAUCUGGAGCUGCUUGACUGAGUUCACACCGGACGCCCACCUUGAACAGGACGAGGCUGAAGACGUUCACACUUUUUUAACUGGAAUCUUUAGGAAGCAAUUCUAAGUUGUCACUAGUUCACACUGGAGGCCUGACCAUCCAUCUUGCUCCAGCAACAGAAAGAACACAAGCAAGACGCUGCGCCAUGCACCUGGAAAUCAAGGUGGCUUUAAACUUUAUCAUUUCAUACCUCUACAACAAGCUUCCCAGAAGAAGAGCAGAUCUUUUCGGGGAGGAGCUGGAGCGCUUGCUCACUGAGCGCUAUGAGGGACACUGGUAUCCUGAGCGGCCACUCAAAGGAUCUGGUUUUCGCUGUUUGCACAUUGGGGAAAUGGUGGACCCUGUGGUGGAGUUGGCAGCCCGCCGGAGUGGACUGGACACGGAGGAGGUGCGGUCCAAUGUGCCACAGGAGUUGAGUGUUUGGAUAGACCCUUUUGAAGUUUCAUACCAAAUUGGUGAAAAGGGGGCAGUUAAGGUUCUUUAUUUGGAAGACACUCAAGCUGCCGCCGCCGCUGCUAGCACUGGACCCGCUGAACAAUGCUGCACUCUGGUCGAGUCCGAUAUGGAUAAAGAAAACAAAAGCACCAGUUUCAACCCCGACGCACAAGUCUUUGUCCCGAUUGGUGGCGGAGUCGAUGGAGGUGGACCAAUGGGUGGUGCCCACUCGCUGUCCAGCUCUCCUUCUCCUCCAAACAUGGCAGGCUCUGUAUUUGGUCACUCUCCCAGUCCCACCUCCUUCCUCAGCACUCCAGUCCGGGUGCCUCCCCAGCCUAUCACUUUUACCACCGCCAGUUUUGCCGCAACCAAGUUUGGCUCCACCAAAAUGAAGAAGGGAGGUGGCCAGCAGAGGGUGGUUCGCUCGCCCACCAAUGCAGCAACAGUUGGUGCCGGGUUGUCCAAACACAAGUCUCUGUCCCUUUCUCUCCACUCCCUGGGUGGCUUGGGGACAAGCAGCAGUAGCAGCAGCAGCCAGCUGUCGCCCAACGCAAAGGAGUUUGUGUAUCCAGGAUCCCCUGCAUCAAGUGCACCCGGCCCUGCUACAUCCACACUUUACUUUGACGGGGAAGCACACAGCAGCCAGUUUGCGGCCCCGUCCUCUUUUGAUCCAUUUGGCAGCACCACUAAUGGCAGCGGAGGCCUGGCUAACAGCCUGUAUUUGGAUAAAACUCCCUUCGUGGAUAGGCUGGGCUACAACCUCAACACCAUGCAGUAUCCAAGCCAAGCUUUCCAGCCAGUUGUUCUGGCUAACUAACUGACCACGUACGUGUUUGUUACACCUACCAAGUAUUACUAGACGAGUCAUUCAGAUUUUUUUUUUUUCUAAUACAAGAGCUUUUUGAUCACAGUUGGAAGAUGUUCUCUCUUUUUUCAAGAAAUACAUUGCAAAGCCAUGUUGGUUUGUUCGCCCCAAAACAAAUCGUUCUCCUUGUUUAAUUUUCAAAGUUUUUGAAAACCCGCCUUAAUUACACUGUUUAGCACCUCGGCAAUUUGACCGUCAGGCUGCCCAUGUUGGGCGUUACUGCCGUAUUAUACCGACCCCCAACCUUGUUUCCUUAUCUGACUCCAACUCGCUUUCCUGCAUGUUAAUUAUGUUGCCUAUUUAAGUGAUUGCAAGCAGUGCUGUCUGGUGAUGAUGUUGUUUGGGUGUCCCUUCCGAGUAUCUGAUAAGGACCCGGGGAGGAGUGCUGCAGACAAACAACAUCCACCCAGUGGAGAACUAGAGAGUUACGAUCUGAAUUGACCGGCCCAAACAAAUCAAAGCCCCCCACAAAUCUUUUACAUAGUGUUACAGAAUUGGCAGCUGCUUCGUGAAUUUUCUCUCUCUUUUAGUUUUCCUUCGUUCUCUCACAGCCUGGCUACAGGCAUCCAGACGGAACGGCUAAAGUCAGCCUUGCUGCUGUGCAGUAGAAAUUGCAGGUUAAGGCCGCUACUACUACAGUCUGUCUGUGUUUUGCCACUUUAUGGAACUACUGCUAAUGAGAAUUAAAUAUGGUUUCUUAUCGGCCCACACCUUCUAUUAAAGCCACAUUUUGUAUUGCGGCUCCUUCCUUUUUUGUAUUUUUUUUUUUUCUUUCUGGAUUAUUUUCAUCUCGGCACUUCUGUUUUUUGUGAAAGAUCCUUUGUAGUUGACACUUUCUUAUGAGGAAAUCUGCCUUUCAUCCUAUCUGCAGCAAAAGGCUGUGUGAGCACAUUGAGAAAUGUUGAGCUUGUGACACUUGAAGCAUAAGAGAGUUGAGGGUCUCGGCAAUGGGCCCUGCUAGUCAGGAAUUCUCAGGCCAGAGCAAAGAGAAAUUCACCGCUAGUGUCUUAGUUUGUCCUGAGGGUUCAGUCCCGUUUGAUUUAGUAAAGUGUGGGAAACACUGGCUCAUAGGUAGAGCGGCUAAUGGGGCCGACAGGAGCUUCUCGUGUGCCCAGGACUGCUCGGCCAGUUGUUCAUAGUUAGUAUUUGGGGACUGGACUGUGUGUGUUUUCACUGGAAAGGAGCUUUCAAUUCAGUUCAUCUGACGUUCAGUGGCUGCCAGUUCAUCAAGGGGCACACCACCCUUUAACCCCAUGCUAGCAAAACCUGCUUAGUGUUGCGCUGUGCCCACCCAGCCUUGUUAUUUCAUAUCUGAGUGCUUUUUGUUGCUCUGUAUCUCCAUCCAUCUUGAAUUACAGAGUCCUACCCUGCACACUAUUCUCUCUCUCUCUCUCUCUCUGCUUUUUCCUUCAUUUGCACAUGGUACACAAACCUGGCCUGGCACACCCAAGUCCACUGCUUCACCUGUUCUCACGCCAAGCCACCUCCCCUCCAUCUGUCCUUUGUUCAUGUUUACAGUGCCUGAGUGGUCCUGACCUACGCACUGUAGACUUGUGUGUCUGCUACACUAGGUGGUGACUGCACUGUUGUGAACACCUUGUUCUACCCACGCCCGUGGGCAGUGCAGAUUGUUAACUGAGCCCUUUCUGCCACAGUGCUUUACAUUUUGGUUUCCCUCUGAACGUUUUUUUCCUAAUAUGCAGAUCUAGCUAGCAGUGCAUAUCCAGGACUCUCUCUGCCAUAGUUUGCACGGUCUUCACGGUUGUUCAGAAGACUGCCAUUCGAGACGGCGUAAGGGUCUAUCUUUUGAUCCUUGGCCUCGACCAGUUGUCCCCAUGCCCUCCCCUUAUAACUCCCAGUUCUAUUCAGAAGCUGCUUUUUUUGCCAUUCCUUGAAAUCUGCACUUUUCUGCGCAUGAAUUCUUCACAAAAGUGACUAAAAACUCCAACCACCCCCCCUGACCCAACUGUGUACUUUAUGUUCUCUCGACCCCCUUUUUGAGUUUUUAGUUCAGACUUAUGUUUGUAAGAAUCAUUUGCUACAUUUGUAAAUGUGAGAGGUAUAUAUAUUUCUAACUUGCAUUAUUAUGAUUAAGAAACUUUCUUUUCACAAUUCAUUUUUAUUACACAGCAAAAUUAUUUUUUCAGAGAAGAAUAUAUAUAUAUAAAUGAUAUGAAAAUAAGUAGGAUGAAAAAUGUGAAAGUGUAUGAUCUUGUACAGAUUUAACAGAGUUAAAAUAAUAAUAAUAAUAAAGCCAGUUUCUAUAUAAAGGGUUUAUUUGAAAGUCAGGGGUCGCUUAAACACUAAUACUGUCCAUCUGGAAGACUUGAAUGUGCACUGACCCCACAGCCUCCUACGUCAAGUGAAUGUACAAUGAAGAAUUCUAAAUAGAUAAGUCACUAAGCUGUUAUUUAUGCACGACGCACAAAAACGGAUCCCUGCCUGAUGUAUUUAUUCCUCUUGGAGCCAGCGCCACCGAUUUCUUGAAACUCCCCCUGUAGCCGUCCCAGCUGGUCUCGCACUCUUCAUUUCUGUACCAGUCUUCAAGCUGUAAAGGAGACGGCGCCAGGUGCUGCAGUAACGAGAGUCGCCACACACUGCACGGCGGCGGAGUGAGGCUGGCCGUUAGUCACAGUUACUCUUCAUAUGUUGGCACCCACACGCUGUACGUACACGUGGAAGGGGCGAUUGGUAUUUGUACAGAUUUCAGCCAUUUGCAUACACGUUGAAGUAUUUCAGAUCUACCAAAGGGUUAAGUAGUCUCCAUCCACCUCCGUUAAACAUUUACACUUUUGAUUGUUGAUGUUAACCCUGCAUUUUUUAAUUUGGAACUGUAGAUACAAAAAUGAGCAAAUCUUGAACCGUUAACUUGCACAAAUGGAAUGCAGAUUGGCCAAACCUGGAUAUCGCUGGUCCGAUUCUUGGUGCGUCACUGGGCUCAAAAGAACCCAAAACAUGACAUUUUUUUUUCUUCAUUCCUUCCUGCCUAAUGGGAUUCAGUGGCUUACUCUUUUGAAGAAUACGUGUAUCUCCCCGUUCCUGACUAUGUGGCCUGCAGGGUCAGAUAAUUGACCGAGCCCUGCAGCAUACUUUUAAAAUUGCGAAGAAUGUACAAGUCUUCACUGAAGAUUGUGUCUUUUUCGGUAAGGUUGUAAUCCCCCCCGUGCUGAUGAAGUGAUUGUGUACAGGCCUGUGAUUCAUAACUGUGUUCUUUAUUGCUUGUGUCUGGCCCCAAGCCUUUGUGACUAGUCUGGGCAGUGGUUGGCACACAACAUGGCGACUCGGUACGGUAGUGGUGGUCAGCUUCUUGGAAAUAGUCACACAUCUUGGUCUCGCUCUGUUGGAGGCAAACUUUAUUAUUUGAAUUUUUUUUUUUUCGUUCUGCUCUUGACUUUCAAAUAAUUACCCUUUUUGCGCUUGCGCACUCUCUCACUCUCUAUAUAGUAUACAUGUAUAUGAAAAAUUGCAAAGUGGUAUAAAUGGGGAAAAGCUUUAGUUUUUUAGUUUGCCUUUAUUGUUUUGUUUUCAAUGCAGGAAGCAGAUUAUUUUCUACUGAGGAUUUCAAACUUUUUAUUUUAAAGAAAUAAAAUCUCAUUUGUGCUAUUAUGCAGUGUAUAGAGCUAACCUAAUGGAAAGUGAUGGAGCAUUUGGUCCACUGCGCAUUGGCCCAACUGUGUAGUUCCUAUUUGUCUUUACGCCUUUUUUUAAGUUUGUAUUAAAAAAGAAAAAAGCAUGAGAAUAAAA